UUGAAGUGGACCUUCUUCUUCCUCCUCCUCCUCUCUAUAUAUACUCUUCCUCUCCCUGCUCUCUUCCCUCAGAUCACACUUUCACUCUCUAAAUUCUUUGUCUAAUCCUUCUUCGUCUACGCUCCCACGCACCCCAAAUUUGCGCAUUCCUCUGGUUUUAUCGCCAUGGCUUCUUCUUCUUCACUUUCCCCAGCUGCAGCUAUAAGCAUGAGCUCUUCUGUUUCUCUUGACAGGCCUAGCAUAAUCUCUUCCUCUCUUCAGACUCCUUCCAUUAUCCAUUUUCCUAAACACUCCUCCACAGCCACUUCUUAUCCUCCAUCUCCUUCUAUUUCUACAACAAUUCCAAAGAAAAUUGCCACUACUCUUCCUUCUGUUGAUAAAUCAUUAGCCCCAGUGCAAAACCAAUGGAAUCUUUUGCAAAAAGCUGCAGCUAUGGCCUUGGAUGCUGUGGAAAGUGCUUUGGUUUCACAUGAACGUCGAUUCCCUCUUCCCAAAACUGCUGACCCAGCAGUCCAAAUCGCAGGCAACUUCGCUCCCGUGCCGGAGAGACCCGUUGUACAUAAUUUGCCCGUUACUGGUACAAUCCCAGAUACUAUUCGAGGUGUUUAUGUUAGAAACGGCGCGAACCCACUUCACGAACCGGUAGCUGGUCACCACUUCUUUGAUGGUGAUGGGAUGGUCCAUGCUGUUCGGUUUGAGAAAGGUUCCGUCAGCUAUGCUUGCCGGUUCACGGAGACAAACAGGCUGGUUCAAGAGCGAGAAUUGGGACGCUCAGUUUUCCCAAAGGCCAUCGGUGAACUCCAUGGACACUCUGGGAUAGCUAGGCUGUUGCUUUUUUGCGCUCGUGGGCUUUUUGGUAUCGUUGAUUCUAGCCAUGGGACUGGUGUUGCUAACGCUGGAUUGGUUUACUUUGAUGGUCGUCUUCUCGCCAUGUCUGAAGAUGAUCUGCCUUACCAUGUUCGUGUUCUUCCCUCUGGAGACCUCAAAACUGUUGGACGAUACAAUUUCAAUGGCCAACUCAAGAGUUCAAUGAUUGCUCAUCCAAAAGUCGACCCAUGUUCUGGGGAAUUGUUUGCUCUAAGUUACGAUGUUGUCCAGAAGCCAUAUCUGAAAUAUUUCAGAUUUUCUCCAGACGGUAAAAAGUCUCCUGAUGUUGAUAUCUCACUUGAUCAGCCAACCAUGAUGCAUGAUUUCGCCAUUACUGAGAGGUUCGUUGUUAUUCCUGAUCAACAAAUAGUGUUCAAAUUGCCUGAAAUGAUUCACGGCGGCUCACCUGUAAUCUACGACAAGAAGAAGAUGUCGAGGUUUGGUGUAUUGGACAAGAAAGCCAAUGACGCUUCAAAGAUUAUUUGGGUUGAAGCACCAGAUUGCUUCUGUUUCCAUCUCUGGAACGCAUGGGAAGAGCCUGAAACUGAUGAGAUUGUGGUGAUUGGAUCAUGCAUGACUCCACCAGAUUCCAUUUUCAAUGAAUGUGAUGAGAAUCUAAAGAGUGUUCUCUCAGAAAUCAGGCUAAAUUUGAAGACCGGAAAAUCCACUCGCCGGCCAAUCAUUUCAGAAUCUGAACAAGUAAACUUAGAAGCAGGAAUGGUGAAUCGAAACCUGCUUGGGAGAAAGACCCAGUUUGCAUACUUGGCUCUGGCCGAGCCAUGGCCUAAAGUGUCUGGUUUCGCAAAAGUCGACCUCUCAACAGGCGAGGUACGCAAGUAUAUGUAUGGAAACAAGUAUGGUGGUGAGCCUCUGUUUCUUCCGAGCGACCCAAGUUCAAAUUCAGGCAAAGAAGAUUCUGGGUAUAUUUUAUGCUUUGUUCAUGAUGAAAAACAGGGGAAAUCAGAGCUCCAAAUUGUGAAUGCCAUGAAUUUGAAACUAGAAGCAACAGUGAAGCUUCCAUCUCGAGUUCCUUAUGGUUUUCACGGCACAUUUAUUAGUGCUAAGGAUUUAGAGAAACAAGCAUAGAUAGAGAGUUUUCUUAGCAGAAGAUGCAGAGAGGAGAUUUACAGAGGGAUUGUUUGCAGAUAUGUCCCCGGGUCUCCUCUGUUACAGUGUCACCCUGUUUCUGGGUUCUGUUUAUUUUUUGGUUUCCUCUUUUGGUUCAUAUGUUUUACAGUGAGAGGCUGAUCGGCCAGCUUGUAGCUUUUGGGUAUAGGCACAUUGAAGCUCAGCUGGUCUCUGCUUAUUCUUUCACUUGAUGUGCAUUACAAAAAAAAAGUAUAGAAUUUGAAGAGUACAUGUGAUGUGUAUUCUCUGUUGUUUCUUUGUGUUGGAUCUGUAAAUAUUGACAUAUUUUUGGGUUUUUCACCGAUUUGAAUGGUUAAAGUGUCAUGUCUAAUGUUUUCCCCUCU